CGGAUUACACAAGAACAUCUGCAACGCUUUGGCCCCAGGGACUCUAGAAGUCUCGAUCACGUCUUUGCUGUCGUCGACAUGUUUCGCAAUUGGGAUCGGCCAAGGGACGCAGCAGCAUAUCUUGAACAGGUGUUGCAUCACUUAGAGGACAGCGAGCUGCCUGCUCAGUCGGACGAUGUCAAUAUUCCUUCACACGCUGUGGGGAGGAGCCAAGCAACUUCAGCUUCGCGUGGACCGUCUUCAGGCUUUUCAAUCCCGCUCGAAGGACCAGUUGAACCUAAAUUGAUAGACGCCCAUCUUCGCGGAGGAGCAAGGGGAAUGCAAAGAGAGGAAAGGUCGGAUGUCCGUUUACUUCGUCUGGUCAAGCACUGCGAGAAACACCCGAAAGAACUCGCAAAGCAGUCUAUGCUCUGCUGGACUGCUCUUCUAGAGUUUUACGAGGACAUUGAAGAUGCAGAGAAGAAAGCGGAUGCCCUCGACCGAGCAAGUCAUAACUUCUGGGCCAUUAAUGCCUUGGACGAGAACAAGACGAAGGACAUCCUGGAAGCUUGCAUUACAUGCAUUCAAGGGUUUGUGAAAGCCGGACGACAUCAAGACGCAGACGACAUGUUCAUUCAAGUCGAAUCCGAUGCGCGAGAGACGUUUGGUUCGGAUGAUGUGCAAACAAUCCUUAUUCUUGAACGCAUUGGUAUAUUCUACCAAAAUGAAAGAAUGUGGGAAGUCGCUGCGCCGCACUUUGAACAGGCGUUGGCGGCACGUCUUUCGAGAUUUUGGGAAUACCAUGAGAGUGUGAAGCGGUUGGAACUUGCUCUUGAAGACCGACAUUAUGAGAUGUAUACACACUCGGCAAGCACGCAGCGCCAAACAGAUCAGUUUUGCUGUGAGCUGAGCAGACGGCGACCCCACCUUUUGAUGCUUUGAUGCAGGACGCUAUGAGAGGAUCAGGCGAAGCUUAGGGAGACACAACUUGAACGAAGCUGCAAACGAUGGACGCUCUUUUUACACCAAGACACAGUGCCCAGCUACUGUCGCUAUAUGUCUCGUAGAAUUUCGUUAUCGUUAUCGAUCUGGUUUCCAAGCAUGGCUCAAUGACGGCCACGUGAUGUAACUACUUCUACUUCGUACAUCGUACCUAGGCACGUUAGGUAGACGAAAGAGGACUGGGAGCUUGAGACGGCAGCCUUCACCGUCAGGGUCAACUCCACUGACAGCGCCAUCUGGUUCACGAAGAGCAGCACGGCCAGAGGGGGUAUGGUACCAUAGAGUCAACAAAUUCGAAGACAACGUCUGGGGUGAUUGGCUGGUUUAUUCAUUUUGCGGAU